CAUAAGCAGGCGUACUUUCAGAGUAGGCUACUGCACUGAAGAGCUGCGUUCAUUUGAGCUGCACUCGUUACCUUACAGCUUUUAACUGACUUUCAACUGUUUCAUCCCAACAUCAUUCCUUCUAAAACAGUGGCUAUAAGAGAGCCGGAUCUGAUGGACAAAGGACCAAUUUAAACACUUUGAUUGAAAAAAAUAUUACUUUGGAUACCAGGGAGCUAAGGAAACCACCAUUCCAGACUUAUAUUUGUACAGUACUUGCCCCUCUACUGAGCCACUUGAGAUUCAAAACCCAUACAUCGGACAUCACAAAUAUGAAAAUAAAUACCAAAUAGGAGUACAUCACUAUACAGAAGAUCCUUACAGUGGAAUUAAACACCAUACUUUCACGGGAAACUGUAUAUCUGAGGCUAUUGCUGUUGGAUCUGGGAGUUUACAGUCAUGUCUCCAUUCCUGAGGAUUGGUUUUUCGAGUUUUGAGAUGGACCCUGGGCUUGCCUACCAUGAAGAAGUACUCAAUCCAUACUGUGCGGUCUACAUGAAAGAGGCUGUGGAGACUGAAAAGGGUCAGAUGUACAAACAGAAGCGGCCCACCAUGUAUCCCCCCUGGAGCAGCACGUUUGACGCUCACGUCCACAGAGGACGAGUAAUGCAUGUGGUGGUCAAGGACAAGACGGCUGAGCUAAAGACGGAGGCUACUGUUCAACUCGACACCCUCGCUUCACGCUGUAAGAAAGAGAAUGGCAAACUGGAGAUCUGGGUGGAACUGAAGCCACAGGGUCGUUUACUGAUGGAAGCGCGGUAUUUUUUGGAGAGGAGUGACGCUGCGGGUCAUGGUGAAGGAAAUGGAGAAACCGAACGGGAAAAAGAUGGGGUGUUCGCACUGCAUCACAGACGAGGAGCCAUCAAACAGGCCAAAGUUCAUGUGGUCAAAUGUCACGAGUUUACCGCAACCUUUUUCCCUCAGCCGACUUUCUGUUCAGUCUGCAAGGAGUUUGUCUGGGGCCUGAAUAAACAAGGAUAUCAGUGUCGGCAAUGCAAUGCUGCCAUCCAUAAAAAGUGUAUCGACAAAGUCAUCGCCAAAUGCACAGGCUCAGCAGUAAACAGUAAAGAAACCAUGAUCCAUAAGGAACGUUUUAAGAUUGACAUGCCUCACAGGUUUAAAGUGUAUAACUACAUGAGCCCAACAUUCUGUGAGCACUGUGGAACCUUGUUGUGGGGUCUUGCUCGGCAGGGCCUUAAAUGUGAAGAGUGUGGCAUGAACGUUCACCAUAAAUGUCAGAGGAAAGUAGCAAACCUUUGUGGCGUCAACCAGAAGCUAAUGGCAGAGGCCCUGGCUAUGAUUGAGAGCACUCAACAGCAGGCUCGCAGCUCUCGGGAUAAUGAGAUUGCUGGUCGAGAGGGUCCAGUGGGCGUAAGUCAGGCAGGGGUCAUUAGAGAGCCUUCAGGCCACUUACCAACAUCACCCCUCACGCCUGCACCACCUCUACCACGCAAAGAGCAUCAAGGUAUUUCAUGGGACACUCCGGCUGAGGGCCGCAGGCCAAGUCUUGAACAGUCUGAACCCCUGUACGCCACCCCACGCAAAGAGCAUCACAAAUUCAACCUAGAUAAUUUUACUCUACAUAAGAUGCUGGGCAAGGGAAGCUUUGGAAAGGUAUUCCUGGCUGAGCUGAAAGGCACAGGGCAGUUUUUUGCAGUAAAGGCCCUGAAGAAAGAUGUUGUUCUGAUGGAUGAUGAUGUUGAAUGCACUAUGGUGGAGAGGAGAGUGCUGUCUCUGGCCUGGGAACACCCCUUCCUCACACACCUCUACUGCACCUUCCAGACCAAGGAAAAUCUUUUCUUUGUGAUGGAGUACUUAAAUGGGGGCGACUUAAUGUUCCACAUCCAGGCCUGCCACAGAUUUGACCUCCCACGGUCCACGUUCUAUGCAGCUGAGAUAGUUUGUGGGCUGCAGUUUCUACAUUCUAAAGGCAUUGUGUACAGAGAUCUUAAGCUGGAUAACAUUUUGCUAGACAUCGAUGGUCACAUCAAGAUCGCCGAUUUUGGAAUGUGUAAAGAGAACAUUUCUGGAGAAGCUAGAACGUGCACCUUCUGUGGAACACCAGACUAUAUUGCUCCUGAGAUUCUGCUUGGGCAGAAAUAUGGGACUUCUGUAGACUGGUGGUCAUUUGGUGUCCUUCUUUAUGAGAUGUUGAUUGGCCAGUCCCCAUUUCAUGGCCAUGACGAGGAAGAGCUGUUUCAGUCGAUUCGCACAGAUGACCCGUGCUACCCACGCUGGUUAACUAGAGAUGCACGGGACAUUCUUGUAAAGCUAUUUGUCCGGGAACCAGAGCGAAGGCUGGGUGUGAAAGGAAAUAUACGACAGCAUGCGUUCUUCAGAGACACGGACUGGAACGCACUAGAGAAACGACAGGUGGAGCCGCCCUUCAGGCCUACUGUGAAAUCAGCAAGUGACUGUAGUAACUUCGAUAAGGAGUUCAUAAACGAGAAGCCUCGACUUUCCGUCACAGACUGUAUCAUGAUCAACAGUGUGGACCAGACCAUGUUCAACAACUUCUCCUUCAUCAACCCCGCCAUGGCCCGUCUCAAGAGCCCCUGACUCACAAACAAACAAAAGACACUUGUGCAAAUACUGUGAAAAAGGCCAAAACAAAAGGCAAACACUCACCUGAAUAACAUAACAGCCUCUAGUCAACCUCAAUUAUAUACAGUAUUAUAUAAUUAUAUAAUAUAAGAUGUAUAUUGUUAUUAUGAUAUUAUUUGGUGCCUCCUUGCCUUUUUGUGAGGUACAAUGCAAAAAAACAUAUGAACUAGCAAAAGAAGAAUGUGUUGGUUCUCAAAAACUAACAUAAAUAAGGUACUAAUGAGUAACAUAUCUUGUAUUGCCUAAUUCAAUUUUUUUCUUCAGUUUCCAAAUGUACUUAGUGGUUUUUCAUUCCUUACCUGAAUUAAUCAUUUUUGAACGAGUUGAAGUGAAUGGGGUCUUGUCGCCUCCUACUGGUUUAAUGAUAUAACAGAAAAAUCCCCACCGCUACUGCUUAAAUGUACAGACUGUCCGGAAAUGUAGAAUU